AUGCCACGAGAGGAUGUUUUGACAUUGUUUGUCACACUAGCACUGCGCCCUCACCGCCGUUGCAUACAAAAACUCUCAAGAUCGUCACCAAGGCUGACUCGCUAUGCCUCUACCUCGAGCCAGAGCAAAACGACCCUUCCGGCAACGCAGGGAACCGAGGCUACAACUCGACCGAAGAUCCCCCUUCACGUCGGCCUCGACCGCAACCCCGAAAGUGUGUCCGCCAUCUCCCGAAUCCCCAUUCCUCGAGGAGUGAGAGGCGAGAAGUUCACUCCUCAAGUGCUAGCACGUCCCCUAGGUCUUGAACAUCCUCCUCGACCCGGGCAGAACAGUCCUUUGGACAGCCGUACGCUCCGGGAGAGGCAUGAGGAGUUUACAAGCUACGAUAAAGCGCUGGAGCGACGACGUGUCUACCUCCGCACUUUCUUCCGUCCCUAUUUUCAAGAAUGGAGGGGGAUGGACCAUCACAAGGGAAAGAGCUUCGUGUCAAGUCCACGGUUGUUCAAGCGAGAGAAAGCGCUGUACUUUCCGAAUAUUUGGGGCCAGACACUGGCUAAAGAAGGAGAUGGGCCAGACGGUGGGCGAGACACGACACCACUUUUGAUGGGCAAGGUAUCUCUGAUAGGCAUACACGCGAAUUCAUGGGCUGAGGAAAUGGUCAACUCGUUCAUCGGGGGAAAAAACAAUCCGGAGCUGAGCAGACUAUUAGACCAGAACAGGGGCCGGUUGCAGCGGGUGGAUAUCAAUGUCUCAGGCGAUUGGAUUCGCGCUCUAAUUGUGCGGACGUUCAGCGGCCGCAUUCGACAAAACAUCCCUGAGGAGCAAUGGACCAGGUAUUUCAAGAUCAAAUUGCCACGCGACAUUCGACGCGGUCUGUCAGACGAGGUACGCGAUGCCAUGGGCUUCCUCAACAGCCAAGUCGGCUACGUCUACCUCGUCGAUUCCAGCUGUAAGAUCCGUUGGGCGGGGAGUGCCUAUGCCUGGGACGGGGAAGUGGACGGACUGAACGCUGCGGUCCAGAGACUACUUCAAGAGGAAGAAACCCUGGGACAGGCGUCAUCGAAGCCGCUGCCAUCUUCAGCGAAAAUUGUCCAGAGGCCACGAGCGCCACCAAAAACCUCGACCGAGAAGCCCAAUGCAAUGCCCAACGCUGUCGUCGCAUGA